CAAUCAGGCCCUAUGUUACAUGCCGUCACCUUAGCUCGGGCUACGGAUGUCAACGAAUCUAUACGAAUUCUUCGGCUUGACUUUAACGCUGCUGAAAUUGGUGCAAAUUUUCUUCCAGGUCAAUGGCUUAAUCUUCAUCUGGACGGCUUAGAAGUGUUAAGAGGAUAUGGUAUCAUAUCAGUACCAGGCGCGGCAUUGGCAGCUCAGGAUCUUGCGCCAGGGUCCAAGCCGCACGUUGAAGUCAUCAUUCAAAAUGCGCCUCAAAUACAACAACCGCGGGCAGAAGUCUCUUUACUUGUCGGCACGCAGCUGAACAUCUCUUUCGGAGGAAGCUUUGUAUGGCCACCAAAUAAUGUACACACUACUCCUAUAACCAGAGUUGUUUUCCUCGCUGGAGGUGUAGGUGUGAGUCCGCUCGUAUCUAUCUUGUCACACAUCUUUGGGACAAAUACAGUGCCACAGGAGGUCCACUUUUUGUAUGCUUCCAGGGUCAAAGGAUACUACAAUAUCUCACAUGUUCUUGGACUUGAGAGACUUAUAAGUAUCAGCAAGGCACACGAGGGGAAAUUCCAUCUCUACCUUUUCUUUGGCGGCUAUGCAAGUAGAGGGUUGAUGGAAGCUGCGGUGCCGCGGCAGAGUUUCGAACCACGAGUUAUGAUGGGCGCAGAUGUUCUAGAUAUAUUCAGAAACUUCAAGUUUAAGCAUACAACAGUAUGCUAUGUUGCUGGACCUCCUAACAUGACAAGUCAUUUUGUUAAACUACUUCAGCAGAAAGUCGGAAUGGACGCCAGUAGAGUGCUCUACGAGGAGUAUGAAGGUGAGGUCUCACAGGGUUUCACCUGUCAGAACUCUCACUUAUUUAUAUAG